UUCUGGUCGACUCCUCAGCCAGGCGUUCUGCUUCCCCUAUUACAUCGACCUGCUGAUCGUCCAAGUACAGCAUGAUGGCGGCCAAUCAGCGGAACUCUUCCCCGUCGAACAGGUGCGUUUUCCGCCGUCGAAGAAAGCGCUGGCCAAACGAGCGCUGCGGCCGAACGCCUUCGAGGUACGCGAGUGCCGUUUGCCGGAGAAUAACUGGCUGACCGGGAUAGAUGAUCGCCGUGCCCGUCAACUGAAAGCGUGGUGGAGUGUGCGUGUUGUGUCGGUUCGCAACGCGGUGGCUAAACUCCUGCAGCCCAGAGAUGCGAGACAACCGACACAGGCCAAUUUGGUUCGGCAGGCCACUGAGCAGGAUAUCGUGUUGGAGAACGACUCCUCCCGGGCGGAUGAUCAGCAAGAUGACGCCGGCAUGCCGUCCCGGAAGAAACUCAAACAUCACGCCGAUGACGGGCAGCCGGCGACAGACGCCCGGAUUCCCACGCAGCCGCAUCUGCUGCGCGAGAUCUUCCAGUCACUAGACAGCGUCCGCCGUCUGCAACUGCGCCGCGUGUGUCCGCUGUGGAAUACCGUCUUGACCGGGGCUGACAGCUCCCACACGGUCCGGGUAUCCUUCGACAUGGACCCGGGUGUUAUAUACGUCGCUGUGGGAAGUCUGCUCAAGUGCCUGGAUCAUUCCACACAACGGCUGAUUGUCGAGGAUGUCGGUGGCGGGGAUGUGGGAGUGGUCAUGACGGUGAUGGGCCGGAUGCUGCGGACCCUCCGCAUCAAGACGAUCGUCUUCCACCGGGUGUCUUUCGACUGGGAUGAUACUGAUGAAUUUCCCGUUGGGGAGGAGAUUGUUCCGCAGGAGAACCAGCCUGAGGACCGGUUGACUUUGCAGAGGGGUAUCACGCGUCUGGCGACGGUUUUGAAGGCGUGGGCGGGGUUCUGCGAGGAAUUACGAUUGUGCCGGUGUAAAUUCAGCUGCGACGACCUGAUGGAAGCCGUUAUUCCGCAUGCGACGAUCAAACUGGAUGCAGCGGAUAUGGCCGAACAAAUCUGGGGUCUCUAUGAGACACAUCUGUCGCGUGAGAGGUUGGAUAUCGAAUAUCUGGCGGAAUGGAUUCGCACGGGAUCCGCAGCAUUGCGCCGGAUGGUUACGGAGUUUCUGGAGAAUUAUCAGAGCGCGGAUCCGCGGUUGACGGUGCAUUACCGUGGGAAACAGUGGACGGCGGAGAGCCUCAAAGAUCUGGAUCUUACCAAGCUGACCACCAUUACGCUGCGGGCUUUGGCCGAAGCUCUGCCGGCCGCGUGGGAAGACGGUGAAGAGCAGAAUAGUGAGGAAGUGGAUGACAGCGAAGAAGAUGAUGAAUAAUUCCGCUUAGCGACUCUCUCAGCUGCCAAUUAGUCCACUGUGCGAAAAAUUUUACCGGUUGUUUUUUGAAGUCCGAAUUUUACGAGAUCUUCUAGUUCUUUUCCGCGGAGCACAAAUAAAAUAUAGUGGUAUAAACUUGUUUCCAAAGUUUUAGUAAAGACUUUUUAUGGCCUACAUUGUUCUGUGCCCGACGUCAGCCGUUUGCGGUUGAUGUAUUUCUUACGGAAGGAACGGGAUUAAUUGCCCAUAAAUUGCUGGAGUUUGGGAAAUGAUUCGCAUGAAGACCAGUAUGA